AUGGGUUACGAUACUCGCCAUGAUGUUAUCGACUUAGUCGGCAACACUCCUUUAAUUCGCUUGCAAAAAUUGCCAAAGGCAAUUGGUAUCAAACCUAAGGUCUAUGCCAAGUUAGAGUUGUACAACCCAGGUGGUUCCAUCAAGGACCGUAUUGCUAAGUCCAUGAUCGAAGCUGCUGAAGAAGAAGGUAUCAUUCAUCCAUCCAGAUCCACUUUGAUUGAACCAACUUCCGGUAACACCGGUAUUGGUUUGGCUUUGAUCGGUGCCAUUAAGGGUUACAGAACUAUCAUUACUCUACCUGAAAAGAUGUCUAACGAAAAGGUUUCUGUCUUGAAGGCUCUAGGUGCUGAAAUUAUCAGAACUCCAACUGCUGCUGCCUGGGAUUCUCCAGAAUCUCAUAUCGGUGUUGCCUUACGUUUAGAAAAGGAAAUUCCAGGUGGUAUCAUCUUGGAUCAAUACAAUAACAUGAAGAAUCCAGAAGCUCACUACUUCGGUACUGGUAAGGAAAUCCACCACCAAUUGGAAGAUUUAUCUUUGUUCUCCAAGUUGAAAGCUGUUGUCGCUGGUGCUGGUACAGGUGGUACUAUCUCCGGUAUCUCGAAAUAUAUCAAGGAACAGAACGACAAAAUUGCCAUUGUCGGCGCUGAUCCUGUUGGUUCCAUUUUGGCUGUCCCAGAAAAAUUAAACGAAACCGAUGUCACUGAAUACAAGGUAGAAGGUAUUGGUUACGAUUUUGUUCCAAAGGUUUUGAACCGUGAUUCUGUUGACCAUUGGGUCAAGACUGAUGACAAAUCCUCUUUCAAAUAUGCUCGUCAAUUGAUCUCCAACGAAGGUGUUCUAGUUGGUGGUAGUAGUGGUAGUGCAUUUACUGCUUUGGUUGAUUACUGUAACGAACAUCCAGAAUUGACUGAAGAUGAUGUUAUCGUCGUUAUCUUCCCAGAUUCCGUCAGAUCCUACUUGACUAAGUUCGUCGAUGAUGAAUGGCUAAAGACCAACGGCCUAUGGGAUGAUGCCAUUGCCACUCCAAUUGUGCAAAAAGAAACCGAUGUUUUUGAAGAUGCCACCGUGAAGGAUUUGAACUUGAAACCAGUGGUCUCUGUUGAAGAAGACGCUUCUGUUGCUACUGUCAUCAAGAUUUUAAGAGAUAACUCGUUCGAUCAACUACCUGUGUUAACAAAGGAUGGAAAGUUGUGCGGUUUGGUAACUUUGUCUCAAUUAUUAAAGAAAUUAUCCACUUCCAAGGAUGUUUCUAGCAUUAAAAGUCUGUUCUUUGAUUUCCGUAAGUUGAAUAACUUUGAUGACAUCUCUUCCUAUAACGCCGACAAGUCUCAUAAGAAGAUAUUUGUUCGUUUCGAUGUCAAUACAACUUUGUCUGAGUUGAACUCUUUCUUUGAAAAGAACUCAGCAGCUAUCAUUACUGAGGGUCUGAACCCAGUCCAUAUUGUCACAAAGGUGGAUUUAUUAUCUUACUUGGCCAAAUAA